AAGUAAUCAAGAUAUCAUUACUUUAUUAUCAUUCUUAGAAGAAGAGCGCGAUUCUGCAUGUGAACGUUUACAAAAGCAGUUCUCGAUUGAUCAAUGGAAAUGUUUAAAUGAAGUUCUGUUGGUGUAUUUAAUGGUUUUUAAUCGCAAACGGAGUGGAGAAAUUCAGCUCCUCACCGUUGAAGAUUUUAAUAAUAGACAACAACUGAACGAAGAUGAUGACAUAUACAAAGCUUUGACAGAGGAUGAGAAAGUGAAUGCAAAAGAGUUUACACAUCUUCUCAUUAGAGGAAAAUUAGGCCGUUCGGUUCCGGUGCUUGUUUGCGAAAAAAGUUUAGACUGUAUGAAUCUCUUGAACUCCAAUCGAAAAUUGGCAGGCGUCAACGAAAAGAAUACAUACUUCUUUGCUAUACCUAGUAAGGAUGGCACUAGAUGUAGGCCAUUGGAAGCAUGUAAACUUGUUCGCAAAUACUCUGAAUUAUGUGGGGCUGCAAAACCCAAAACAUUAAGAGGCACAACCCUAAGAAAACAGUUAGCAACGAAGUGCGCCACAACCUGCACGGAGAAACAAAUAGUACACGUCGCAGAUUUCAUGGGUCACGACCUAAAAAUACAUAAAGAGUAUUAUCAAUUAUCAAACGUUGCCGUAGAUGUAGCUGUAUCGAAUGUUUUAAAGUCAGCUAAAACUCCACAGUCAGGUCAAUUCAAGAGGAAGGCUAGUGAGAUGGAAGAAGAUACGGAGGAGUCAUAUUCUAAUCAAGUGGAGCAAGAACAAAGAGUUUUCAAAAGACUUCGAAGUAAAAAAAGUUCCAAAUCUAGUCCGGUGCAAACGUACCCCAAACUUAUUGAGGAUGGGUCGGUUUUCAAUCAAAUUGAGCCGUAUCCAAAAAUUUCUAAAAGACUUGAUGGUCAAGAAGGUUUAAAAUCAAGCCACGUGUAGUCGAAGCAUUCAAAGGAGAAUAAAGGCAAAGAUGCAAGUGCGAAGAAAAAGGUCAUAAAAGCCCGUUGGUCUGAAGAUCAAAAAGAAACAGUUUUAAAUGUUUUUAAACUUCAUAUACAAAAUGAAAGCUUGCCAUCAAAUACAGAAAUACGGAAAGCACGAGAAGCCAACAAAUGCUUACACGAAAAAAAUGAAGCAUCUAUCAGGUCAUGGAUACAUCAUUAUAUAAAAUCCAAAUGCAAAUAAUUGUUUAAGAAACAAUUAACUAAAUAGUG